UCAUCGUCAUCGGUCACGGCAGCGUUCGCUUGGCAGACUGGCUCUGGCAGUGGCACGCAUUUGGGACUUGGACUUUCAUGACAGCAUGUCAUUUUCGACAUUUGAUUGAUAAUUUUCCAAAGAUCCAUCAAAUUAGUUUGUUUGAAAGUUAGUUUAGGCGCUAAGUGUAUAUAUUUUCAUUUUUUCAUGUUAAAAUAAUGAUGUGAGUGGUUGGUGUCCAUAUUUGGUGUUCGCGGUAGCAGCAGCCAAGAUGGGCUCUGAAAAGUGCGUUGUCGAAGGCUGCAAUUUGGAGUACGAUGUAAUCUGCAGCUUUUCCUUCUAUAAUGUAAAUACAACAUCGGACAGCAAUGACAAACGACAAGAGUGGAUUGAUGGAGCUAUGCAGGAGGAAAGCGAGUGUCUAUGGAGACAUGUCAGCCUUCAGUUGUGUGGGUAUCAUUUCGAGCUGGAUAACCAGGGUCUGUGGAUAGAUUCACCGAUGCUGCCAGAACUCCUCACUCCUCACGAACCUCCUCCAUUGAUGCAGCCAACUCCAGAAGAAAAGAAGGCUGCCGAAAUAAUUCGCAUCGACCACAACUACCAUCUCGAGGUGGCCUCUAAAGAGCCUGAAAACAUAUCCCGACUGAACGUCCGACAGCUGGUUGAUACUUUGGGAUAUCUAUCUCUGAAGAACCUUCAAAAGAAGCAGUUUUGGGUGGUGAAGGUUGAAACGGAGAAGGCUGAAGCUUCCAUCACCCAGUCCGAGCAAGUGAUCACCAAGAUGCCAGAUCCCAAACAGAUUAUUGAGAUCAUACCUCAAUCGCAGAUCGAAACAAUACAAUCACAACCAGAAGUUCUUCAGAUAAUGGAUGACGGAGAAAUACCUGAGAAUUUUAUCUACGAAAUAGCUGAAGAACAAGAAAUAUCAAUGGAGGAUGUCAAAGAAAUUCCCAUUACAGAUACAGAAUGGACAGUAAAUAUUAUACCCGAAGAGACCAAACCUAAGUAUGCUUACAUAAAACAUUGCAAUUCAGGAAAGAAAAAACAGCAUUUCACAUCCGAAAUGAACGAGAUAACUCUUCACGGUGGCUUUGAGAAUUACUACAUACUACCAGAUGUGGAUCCCUCGGUUGGUGUUGAGAUUACUACCAGCUAUGAACCAGACAACUACGUCAUUGAGGAAUAUCCGCACUUGGUGCUCGAAGAGCAUCCAAAGAAAUCAGAUGGACGGAAGCGAAGGAAGAAGUCAAGCGUCCGAGAGCAGGUGAAACAGAUCAAGACCGAAAUCACAGAGGACUGGGUCGUGGACAAUAAUGUCUAUGAAGUGACUAUGGAGGAUUACGAGGAGAAGAAGCCAGUAAGAGUGCGGAGGAAAAAUAAAAAGUACUUACUUUGAUACUUGUGC